AUGAACGUUUCGUCGGACAUGAGGUCAGUUUUUUCUUGUCCACAUAAUCCAAACUUUGUGUGGGACCCGACUGACAAAAUUUUCCCCUGGGUAAUGGUCGCAAUCGUAUCUAUUGCAUCUCCUGCUGCAGUCAUUUUGAACAUUUUGGUUAUCGCAGGAGUGAGAUCAAGAAAAGAACUGCAAAAACACUCCAACAUUUUGUUAUCGAGCAUGGCUGCUGCGGACAUUUUGGUAGGUGCUAUAAACAUGCCUUUAUCAGCCACUGUUGACUUCGUUAUUUCCCGGCAAGUUUUUAAUGAUCACAUUUGCACGGUAGAUUUGGUUAAUGUCUACAUGUACUUGAUGUACACGUUAACGGCUUCCACUCUAUACCAUUUGACUUUUAUCGCUUGGGAGAGGUACCAGGCGAUACAGAAUUGUUAUCAGAACAAGGCAAAACUUACAAGAAGCCACCCCAAGAAACUCGCAAUAACAGCUUGGUUCUUAGCCGCGUUUACACAAGUUCCAGGUAUUUUACUAACAGCCCUGGGUAUCGAACAUGAUUUCAUUGCUGUGGCUAUUGCUGCAUUUUUCGCUUUAAUUUUGAUCGCCUACUUUUACAUCGUGGUGUAUCGUGAAGCCCGCAAAGCUAAACAGAUCAUCACGCAAGUUACUGUUAUGGUGAAAACAAAACUCGAAAAUGCAGUUGCUAUCACGUGUGCAUUGGUUUCGACGGCUGUGGUUCUUUCCUUUGUUCCCUUGGUAACUGUUGGUUUGAUGGGAGAAUUGUACCCAAGCCUUCGCAAGAGUUCCGUCUUCCGGUCAGCAGAGACACUACUGCCAAUGAACUCUAUAGUAAAUCCACUAAUUUACUUCUACAGAAACCAUCGCUUUAGAAACAUCGUUCUUGAGAUUUUUUGCAUUAGAAACCCCCCCGUAGCCAAGUCAAAAGUUGCUCCCAUGCAAUAUGUCAGAUCAAAAGAUCCUUUUUCAAAGAAAGGUGUUCAAAAACAUCCAAAUGCGAACAGCCAUCACCUUUUGUCAAGAGCAGCGUCAUGUGAAUUAGCCAACGUGAUAGAAUUAAAUCGUGCAAUGAAGAAAAGACCUGUAUCGGCUCCUUCAAUAAUCAGAUUACACAACAACUCUUUUGACAGUUCUCAGCCGCAGAAUCCCUCGUCCAUUUUAACAGUUGUUGCGACAGUCCAUCCUCAAAGGCGCGAAAGGCAUCGUAACAGUUUGCCAGUAUUUCAUCCUUCAUCGUUAACGAAAAGGUGGGAAGCUAAACGUAACCAUUGUAAUCUGUCUGAUCCUGCGGGAGAUUUGAUAAAGAAACAAUAUCAGUUCAAUAACAGAAAACUGAAGAACCAUCUGCCUUAUCUCCUACCCAGAUCUCCCACGACCAAAGUAAGACAGAGUGAGAUCUGGGUACAAGAUUACAAUCUGGAAAGAUCCACCGCAUACGGAAAGGGCGCAGGAUCAAAUGGGAUUUCGUUGCGAUCUCGUAAAGGUCUCUUGAAAAGAAGUAUGUCGGCCCCAACUUUACGUGAGAUCAGAAGUUUCCGCAAUGACACACUGCAGCCGGACGCUCCUGCAGCCUGCGACGGAAGCUUGGACUUCUGUCACCUUUCAAAGUCCUGA